AUGUCUUCACCGAAACCCGAGCCCAUCCAAGCCCAGCUUCCACCAUAUGAGCUUCCUCCGUAUUGGGUACCAAAAAAUCAGCGAAAGAAACAUCCCGAUUAUGACAACAACCUCAAACAGUUUCUGCCUCGAACAAUUCAACUUCACAGAAGUAACGCAUCCGAACAGCUUGGGUUUAACAUUCGUGGUGGCAAGGAACAUCAUUAUGGAAUAUUUGUUUCCAAGGUAAUGGCAGGUAGUGAGCCAGACCGCAGAGGACUGAACAAAGGAGAUCAGAUAAUUUCUGUCAAUGGAAUCAAUUUUGAAAGCAUUGAACACAAUGAGGCGGUAAAAAUCUUAAAAAUCAACACCACCAUAAACAUGGUGGUACGAUAUUUUCCAUUUGGCUACGAUCGAACCUUCGACAAAAGUCGUUACAUGACAUCCCUGCAAUGGAAGUCUAUCUAUCUAUCUAUCUAUCUAUCUAUCUAUCUAUCUAUCUAUCUACCAGGAGGAGAACAAUCAGGUAUAUCCAUAUAUCGAUGGACUUAUAAAAAUGAAAUAAAAAUAUGA